AUGUCACCAGAUGAAUCAAUCACCCUCAUCAAGGCCGACUUGGCUGAAGUCCUGAACCCCGAGAUAAUCGACAAUGUGAUUCUCAAAGAAGACCGACCUCUCAGGAUCUACUGGGGAAUCGCCCCAACAGGAAAACCACACUGCGGCUACUUCGUACCCAUGGUCAAGAUCGCUGAGCUCCUCCACGCAGGGUGCCAUGUCAAGAUCCUCCUCGCCGACAAACACGCACACAUGGAUAGUCACGCGCCCCUUGAAGUGAUCAAGCACCGAUGUGAAUACUACAGACUGCUCAUCAACAGCUCGCUCAAAGCUAUCGGCGUCGAUGUCUCCAAGCUUGAGUUUGUGGUUGGAAGCUCAUUCCAGGACAGCAAAGAAUACCAGGACGACCGAUUUCGCUUCUCGAAUAAUGUCAAGGUGUCACAACUGAUCAAGGCUGGCUCUGAAGUCGUCAAACAAGGCGAGAAUCCGACGCUGGGUAGCGUGGAAUAUCCCAUAUGGCAAAGUCUCGAUGAAGAGUACCUCGAUACUGACGCGGAGCUGGGCGGAGUCGAUCAACGAAAAUUAUUUAAUUUUGCUAUUGAUCAUAUGCCGAAGCUUGGCUACAAACUGCGAGCUCACUUAAUGAACGCCAUGGUCCCCGGGCUCGGAGAGGCACAGAAGAUGAGUUCAAGCGAGCCCAGCUCCAAGAUCAAUAUUCUCGAUACUCCAGAAGAAGUCACCAAAAAGCUAAGAAAAGCGGUGUGCACCCCCAAGGAAGUCGAAGGAAACGGUGUCCUUGAGUUUAUAGAACAGGUCAUCUUCCGCGUCGAGUCAUUGAAAACUGAUGGCAAGCCAAGGUUCACGGUUGAAACACGAGAUGGCCAGACAUUGGUCUACGAGAAUAUUUCCAAGCUGAAGGAGGAUUACAAGAGUGAUACCUUGACGCCGCAGGUGGCCAAGCCCGCUGUGAUCAAAGCGUUCAAUAAUCUUCUGGAUCCCAUUGGGAACGACUUUGAGUCAGAUGAUGAGUGGCAGCGCAUCGCCGAGCUGGCUUACCCGAUUCACGUGAAGCCCAAGAAAGCGAACAAGGUGAAAAGCAAUGGCAAGAUAUCUAGAGAGCUGAAUAUCCGAGUUGAGCACGUUUAA